CCAUACCGUAGAAUUGAUACAAACUGUCGACAACAUAUGUGGUUUCUAGAUACCUGUGAUAAUGUUUGUAGUUCAUUUAUCCAAAACUGUGAUUCUGUAGCUAGCAAACAUCUAUUAUUAAGCAGAGAUGGAAGCGACUGAAAAAAAUUAUGCAUGUAACAGUAGCGACUUUAAAAGAAGCGAGUUAUCGGACACAGAACUCGAGAUUGUGGGGCAACCCUACUCCAUAUCGGUGCUCAAAGUUGGCUAUUGUCUUUCCGAACAGGACGGUUCUUUCCGAGCAGACGGGACUAUCUCUCUCCUAACGGGACCUAGAACUAUUCUAGUAGACACCGGAGGACCGUGGGACCGGGACUUUCUAGUGAAACGGCUGAAGGAUAAGCGACUAGACCCGGGUGAUGUCAGUUUGGUGGUGGGGACACAUGGCCACUCCGACCAUGUUGGUAAUCUGGGGCUGUUUCCAGGGGCAACGAUAGUUGUGGGGUGUGACAUCAGUGAGGGGGAUAGGUACCUUCCUAACCAGCUAGCUGAGGGGCAACCAUAUCCUAUUGAUGAACAUGUGUCAAUAGUACCCACUCCGGGCCACACAGGGCGCGAUGUGAGCCUUCUUGUGAAGGGAACCACAAUGGGCACGGUGCUUGUUGCCGGAGACCUAUUUGAGAGUUGCACUGAUGACGACAGUUGGAGGGAGCUGAGUGAGAACCCUGCAGUUCAGGAGGUCAACCGACAGAAGGCGCUACGCACCUCUGAUGUCAUCAUCCCGGGACACGGGUUGCCGUUCAGGGUCCACAGGGAGGAGGCGCACGGACGCUCCGGGUAGAAACUGCCCUGUUAGGCCCUUAGGCACUGAUCAGGUUUAGCCUUCCUCUCUCUAACCUUAGCAAUGUGGGGGAAGAAGUGCAAAACCUUAGAUCAGUGGUUAGGAGUAACCACUGAUGUGUACGGUGCAUUCUGAAAGUAUUCAGACCCCUUCCCUUUUUCCACAUUUUGUUACGUUACAGCCUUAUUCUAAAAUUUAUU